AAAUGGAUUCGUCACAAAUAGAAACUGGCGUUUCCAGUAUUUCCAUUGACGAGAAGCCAACUAGUAAGAAACUAGCAGAUGGCAAUUAUGACGUUGUUGUUCUGGGAACAGGUCUCACGGAGUGUAUCUUAUCUGGUAUAUUUUCAGUGAGUGGAUACAAAGUGCUUCACAUGGAUCGAAAUAGUUACUACGGUGGCGCCUGUGCUAGUUUAAGCCUCAACCAGCUAUAUGAGAAAUUGAAAAGUGACUCUGAGCCUGAUAGUGCCAAGCUAGGACGGUCAAGAGACUAUAACAUAGACUUGAUUCCCAAGUUUAUUUUGUCAAGUGGAAACUUGGUUCGUAUUUUGACUUGUACGCAGGUGACAAAAUACCUUGAGUUUAAACUAGUCGAUGGUAGUUUUGUGGUGCAUGGAGGAAAACCACAUAAAGUUCCCGUAACUCCAAGAGAAGCUAUGACAUCGGGUUUAAUGAGCUUGUUGGAAAAGAAUCGUUGUAGACAGUUUUUUUCCUAUGUGCAAGACGUGGCUGUGGGGGAUCCUGGAACGUUUGGUAGUCUUGACCUAAAGAAUAAUACUAUGCGUCAAGUUUUUGAAUAUUUUGGUUUGAGACAAGAAACGAUCGAUUUUAUUGGACAUGCUCUUGCGCUUUACAAGGAUGACUCAUAUCUUGAGCUCCCUGCUUUACCAACAAUUGAAAGAAUACAGCUUUAUGCCAAUAGUUUGGCACGAUAUGGUCAUUCUCCGUAUAUUUACCCUCUCUAUGGAUUGGGUGAGUUACCUCAAGCCUUUGCAAGACUAAGUGCAGUAUAUGGAGGAACUUAUAUGUUGAAUCGAGGAGUUGACAAAAUUGACUACAAUCCAGAAGGGAAAGUUUGUGGAGUGUAUUCUAAUGAGGAAUAUGCAAGUUGUCGUUUCAUUGUAGCGGAUCCGAGUUAUUUUCCAGAAAAGGCUAAACCCGUCGGAAAGGUUAUUCGCUGUUAUUGUAUAUUGAGGGAAGCGCCACCUCAUACCAAAGAUGCAUCUUCGUGUCAAAUAAUCAUUCCACAUCGACAAGUAUCACCUCCUCGUCGAUCAAAUAUUUAUGUUUUGGUAUUAUCAUAUAACCAUCGAGUAUGUCCUCAAGGCUUCUAUAUUGCCUUGGUAUCCACCACAGUGGAAACCAACCAACCCAAAGAUGAAGUCACUCCAGGGAUACAACUUUUGGGUAACAGCGUUUUGGAAAAGUUCUAUUCAGUGGAUGAUAUAUACGAGCCUUUGGAAAGUUCUCACCAGGACAAUAUUUUCCUGUCGAAGAGUUACGAUGCAACGACACACUUUGAAAGCACUAUGGAUGAUGUCUUUGAAAUUUAUGAAAAGGUAGGCGGAUAAAAGAUCUACUAUUUCGUGUGAUACUUAGUUAAUUUAGAUCUUUGGUAAAUCUUUGGAUGUAUCUCAUUUCAGUGCUGAAAGUGGACAAAAGUAAAGUUUGAUUUUU